AUGGUCUGGACAUAUUAUGUCAGACUUCUUUUUGCUGCCACUUUGGUCUUAAAGGUUAUCCACUUGGGAAAUGGUUUUGAUCAAAAAGAGAAACUCGGAAGCAAUGGAGGAGUACACAUCAAUACAACAGCUCAAAGGCAACAACCUCUGAAUCACUCUACUACUUUGAAUAUCAUCAGAAACCUGAACAGGAGUUCUGAGAGCCCAAAACAGCUCCAUUCUGGGCCAUUUAUACCUUUUGUGGGGUUUAGAGAUGGUACCAGACAUUGCUGUCAAAAUGGAGGGACCUGUAUCCUUGGCAGUUUUUGUGUCUGUCCAAUGUACUUUGUUGGGAGAUACUGUGAACAUGAUGAACGAAAAAGUAACUGUGGUGUCUUUGCCCAUGGUGACUGGGUCUACAAGGACUGCUACCUCUGUAGAUGUAUCUAUGGGAAGCUUCACUGUUUCAGAGAUACAACAUUAAACAACUGUGAAUUAAGUCUUAUAACAAUGGUCAACAUGGCAGCCAGAAGUAAAUAUCUGAUUUCUCAUGGCAAAGUUAGUGAAUUAUUCUGGUGCUCUGGAAUAGGACAGCCAGUGCCCACUUCAUCACUUCCUGCUCCCUGCUUUAGAGAAAGAUAG